ACAAGUUUCUUCAAUCACAAUUUGGCCUAAAAAUGAAACAUUCCAUGACAACAAAAUGCUUAUUUCUGGUACUUUGUGUUGCAACAUUUUGUCUAACAGAUUCCCAAAAUACUAACACAAUGCCACCAGCAAGUUUACUCUGCAUAAGUGAAUGUAAUACAUGUCCUGUUAUUUGUUCUACUCCACCACCUUCCCCUAUCAAACUCAACCCACCACCUUCACCAUCAACAUCAAUACUUGUACAAACACCACCACCACCACCACCACUUUUCGCCCCACUACGCCCCUCACCACCAUCCUCUCAUUCACCAUCACCACCGUCCUCGUCGCAGAAAGAACCUAAAUCUCCUCCACCAUCUUACAUGAUAUACACUGGUGCUCCUCCUCCUCCUCAUACUUCUAAUUGUCCUCCUAAUAUUAUUAAUAUACCAUCAACUCAGGUGCCACCAGUGCAGAAGAACUAUACUUAUCCUUACUACUAUUAUUUUGCUUCAGAGGCGACUUCUAUUCCACUUUUUCAUGGCUCCAUUGUUUUGGGAUUUUGGGUCGUUUUCCAUUUUAUUUGUUGGUGAAAAGAGAAGCAGGGGAUUCUUGAAAUAUCAUAUACCGUAUAUGUAUAUUUUGCAUUCUAGGAUAUAUAUUUGACUUAAUGGAUACUCCUAUUAUAAUUGUAUUUAGUAAUUCAUCUAUUGGAAUUGGGAAUACAACAUCAAUAGAAGCAAUGUUCAUCUAAAGAUAAGAUUGUUUCUAUACUGUCAA